AUGGCGAUUGAGCGCCGAGGGUGCGGUGGAGGGGAGGGACGGGCGGCGUCCGGCUGGGCUGCCCAGCUCGCUCACCUAGUCCUGGCGGCGCGCCCCGAGGCGAGUCGCGGGGAGGGGAGCGGGAUAUGUGGGCCUUGGGAUUCCGGGACCGCCCUCUCCCGGUCCAGAGUCUGCGGGGAGCGGCAACGACGGCUGGAGCCGCAACGGCAGUAUGAGAGCGGGCGCCGCUGCUCCUCGCCUGCGGACGCGCGGCCAGCGGCGGCGGCUCUGUCUGCGCGCGCCAUGGGGGCGCCGUGGGGCCUCGUGGUCCCCCUGCAUGGUCUGCGGCGCAGAGCCGGGGGGCUGCCAAGGACUGCCUCUUUGCUGGCGGCCACCAGCCUGGUGUGCAUGGUUCUGGCUACUUAUGCCUGCUGGGGACAACUGCAGCCGCUGCCCUCGCUCUCCUACGCCCCGCCGCGUCCGGUGGGCGUGCUGCUGUGGUGGGAGCCCUUUAGGGGACGUGACGGAACUGCGAGGUCGCCCCCUGACUGUUGGCUGCGCUUCAACAUCAGCGGCUGCCGCCUGCUCACCGACCGUGCGGCCUACGGGGAGGCCCAGGCUGUGCUUUUCCACCACCGAGACCUCGUGAAGGGACCCCCUGACUGGCCCCCGCCCUGGGGCGUCAGCGCGCGCACGGCAGAGGAGCUGGAGCUGCAGGUGUUGGAUGACGAGGAGGAAGCUGCGGCGGCUGCUGCCGAAGACCUGGCCGCCUCGGGCCCCAGGCCUCCGGGCCAGCGCUGGGUAUGGAUGAACUUCGAGUCGCCCUCCCACUCUCCGGGGCUGAGGAGCCUGGCAGAUAACCUCUUCAACUGGACCCUCUCCUACCGGGCCGACUCGGACGUCUUUGUGCCCUAUGGCUACCUCUACCCCAGGACCCAUCCCAGCGACCAGCCGCCAGGCCGGGUGCCUCCGCUGGCCCGGAAACGCGGGCUGGUGGCUUGGGUGGUGAGCAACUGGGAUGAGCGCCAGGCCCGGGUCCGCUACUACCACCAGCUGAGCCAGCACGUACCCGUGGACGUGUUCGGCAAGGGCGGGCAGCGGCGGCCGGUGCCUGACAUUGGAGUCCUACACACGGUGGCCCGCUACAAGUUCUACCUGGCCUUCGAGAACUCGCAGCAUCUGGAUUAUAUAACAGAGAAGCUCUGGCGCAAUGCGUUCCUGACUGGGGCAGUACCGAUAGUGCUGGGGCCGGAUCGUGCCAAUUAUGAGCGCUUUGUGCCUCGGGGUGCCUUCAUCCAUGUGGACGACUUUCCUAGUGCCUCCUCCCUGGCCGCCUACCUGCUCUUCCUCGACCGAAAUCCAGCUGUCUACCGCCGUUACUUCACCUGGCGCCGGAGGUACGCCGUGCACAUAACCUCCUUCUGGGAUGAGCCUUGGUGUCGGGCUUGCCAGGCUGUGCAGAGAGCUGGGGACCGGCCUCAAAGCAUGCGUAACUUGGCUCGCUGGUUUGAGCGGUGAAGCCACCCUCCCCAGGGAGGCCAAAUUGUAACUUUUCGAUCCUCUGUUGUGCAUCUCCUUGAGUGCCGAAUCAUGGCACUAAGUUUUCCAAACACACCAUUUUACUUUAUGGGAAGAAGGUGAUUUACCAAUUAAUAUUAUUCAGCACAGAGACUGGAUAGGAAGGACACUGGUUCUCAUGAUUUUUUGUGCAACUAGCAGUUGGGCUCCCUCUGUUGUUGAUGGGCAUCAGUGUUCCGGGCUAAAGGGGGUGCUUCCUCACCUUCUAACUAACCAUUGUGCGGAGGGGAAGAAAUAGCUUCACUACAAGAAGCCAUUGAGUCAGUUGCUCCGAAUCUCCUCAUUGCCACAGGCCAUAUUUUUGGCCUGUGCUGAGUCAAAUAUGGUACACACUACUCAACUCACAUUUUACUGAGCCAAUGUGCAGCAAACCCGUGAUUUUAUAAAGAGCUUUGUUGCAGGAUAGUGGAAGGACUAUGGCUGUAAGGGGUUCUUUUCUUGUUUUUGAUUGGAUUCCUCAAAGCCUCAGCUUCUGAGAAAGAUGAGGAGAGUGGUCUUAGAAUCCAGUUCCCCUACUCUAUGAAUGGAAACAAGAUGCUGGAUUGUCCUUGGAGAAGAGUUAAGAUGAAUAUAUAAGUGUACCUCACUUUACGCAGAUGUAUUCCUAAAAAGCUGCUUUUCAAUCAAAUCCCAAAUUCACUGCCAUAGGUGAGUUCAGUAUUUAAUAAAACCCUAUGGAGAAUCCCUUUACAAUGUGAAUAAUCAUCUCCUAUUUUCUGUGUCUAUGUUUUUCUAUAACCUGGAUUUUCAAAAAAGCAUGUAAAUAUUAUAGAGGUGAAAAUAAAGCAGAAACGACCUUCUCCCCUCUUCCCAGAAAACCAGAAUGUGUUUACAAACAGAAGAGAAGGAAGCCACAGUGUCACUUUUCAUAAAAUCACUUACUUUGUGUCUUUACUGGACCUGAAAUUUAAACUGGAAUGUCAGUCCUCCAGGGGCUUGCAUUACCUGUCUGCAGAACAAUGAAAGAGAUGGUACUACAUUAUGAAAUCGUACAAUAGGAAAAAAGUUUCAUGGUAUCUAUUAAUGGCAGUUUUUCUGUCAGUUUUUUGUUAAAUGUUUAGUUGCUAGGGAAUGGAAUUAAAUUAGUGCCUGGGCUAAUUUGUUAAAGACUAAAUCUGUAUUUUUUCCGGGGCCAGGUUCUCCUCGUAGUCUAGAUAGUAGUGUAUAUAUCCUCACAUUUCCAGGGCUCUUGAGACUGUGCCAUGGGACCAACUUUGAAAAUAUGAGCAUUGACUUUUAAAAGUUUUUGAAUGAGCAGCAGAUUCAAUAGGUGUUACCGUGUGCCCACUCUGUGCCAAACACUGGGCUUGGAGUGCCACAGGAAAGACAAAAAUUGUAAGGCAAGUUCCCUUUAAGACUCUUACAAUCUACUACUGCUAACAAGUUAAUAAUGAACUUUGAUAAAUCAA